GAGGCGGGGCGGGCCGGGGGCGGGCCUGGGUUCUCUUAGGGCUGCGGCCACCUGGCUUCUCAGUCCCGGCUCGGUGCGCGCUGCAAGCAUGACGGACGCACUGCUGCCCGCGGCCCCCGCGGCGCUGGAGCGGGAGGGAGACGGCUACUUUCGGAAGGGCUGCAAUCCCCUUGCACAAACUGGCCGAAGCAAACUGCAAAAUAAGAGAGCCGCUUUGAACCAGCAGAUCCUGAAAGCUGUGCGGAUGAGAACAGGAGCAGAAAACCUUCUAAAAGUAGUCACCAAUCAGAAGGUACGGGAACAGGUGCGUUUGGAACUCAGCUUUGUCAACUCAGACCUGCAGAUGCUCAAGGAACAGCUGGAGGGGCUCAACAUCUCAGUGGGAGUCUAUCAGAACAUGGAGGAGGCAUUUACGAUCCCCCUGAUCCCUCUUGGCCUGAAGGAGACCAAGGAUGUUGACUUUUCAGUCGUUCUCAAGGACUUUAUCCAGGAACAUUACAGUGAAGACGGUUACUUAUAUGAAGAUGAAAUAGCAGAUCUUAUGGACCUGAGACAAGCCUGCCGGACUCCCAGCCGCGAUGAGGCUGGUGUGGGUCUUCUGCUGAGCUACUUCAUCCAGCUGGGCUUUGUGGAAAGCCGAUUCUUCCCGCCCACCCGACAGAUGGGGAUCUUGUUUACAUGGUAUGACUCCCUCACUGGGGUGCCAGUCAGCCAACAGAACUUGCUGUUGGAGAAAGCCAGCAUCCUGUUUAACACUGGAGCCCUCUACACACAGAUUGGGACCCGGUGCAACCGGCAGACACAAGCAGGACUGGAGAGUGCGGUGGAUGCAUUUCAGAGAGCUGCAGGGGUCUUAAAUUACCUGCGAGAGACAUUCACUCACACUCCGAGUUACGACAUGAGUCCCGCCAUGCUCAGUGUGCUGGUCCGAAUGAUGCUUGCACAGGCCCAGGAGAACGUGUUCGAGAAAUUCUGCCUUCCUGGGAUCCGGAAUGAGUUCUUCAUGUUGGUCAAGGUGGCUCAGGAGGCUGCCAAGGUGGGAGAAGUCUAUAAGCAGCUGUCUGUGGCUAUGAGCCAGGCGCCAGUGAAGGAGAACAUCCCCUACUCCUGGGCCAGCCUGGCCUGCGUGAAGUUGCACCACUACGGAGCCCUGGCCCACUACUUCACGGCCAUUCUCCUCAUCGACCACCAGUUGAAGCCUGGUGCAGAUGAAGACCACCAGGAGAAAUGCCUGUCUCAGCUCUAUGACCACAUGCCCGAGGGACUGACGCCAUUGGCCACGCUGAAGAAUGACCACCAGCGAAAACAGUUGGGCAAGUCCCAUCUGCUGAGCGCCAUCUCCCACCACGAGGAGUGUGUGAGGGAGGCCAGCCUGUGCCGGAAGCUGCGGGACAUUGAAGUGCUGCAGGAGGUGCUCUCCGCAGCGCACCAGCGUUCCCGGCUCAAGUACGCUCAACACCAGGAGGAUGACGACCUGCUGACGUUGGCUUCCGCUCCCGCAAUUAUCCCUAAAACUGAACAAGAGGUUGAAAUUAUACCCCCACAGUUCUCCAAGGUGACAGUAACAGACUUCUUCCAGAAGCUGGGCCCGUUGCCUGUGUUUUCGGCUAAUAAGCAAUGGACACCUCCCCGGAGCAUUCACUUUACUGCAGAAGAGGGAGACUUGGGAUUCACCCUGAGAGGAAACUCCCCAGUGCAAGUCCAAUUCCUGGAUCCUUACUGCUCUGCUGCGGUGGCUGGAGCCCGGGAAGGGGAUUAUAUUAUUUCCAUCCAAGACGUGGACUGUAAGUGGCUGACUGUAAGUGAAGUGAUGAAGCUGCUCAAAAGCUUUGGUGAUGAGGACAUUGAGAUGAAAGUCAUUCGGCUCCUGGACUCCACCUCCUCCAUGCAUAACAAGUGUGCUACCUACUCUGUGGGGAUGCAGAAAACCUACUCAAUGAUCUGCUUAGCUAUUGAAGAUGGUGACAAAACCGACAAAACCAAGAAGAUCUCAAAGAAGCUUUCCUUUCUGAGUUGGGGCACCAACAAGAACAGACAGAAAUCCGCCAGCACCUUGUGUCUUCCGUCAGUGGGCGUCACCAGACCUCAGAUCAAGAAGAAGCUCCCUUCUCCUUUCAGCCUCCUCACCUCUGACAGUUCUCUGUACUAAGGCAAGGAAACAGAAAUGUUCCGAUCCUGGACAUUUAGGUCUUGAUUAGACUGUUGCAUCUGUGCCAGGGUUGGGAUAUUUCUCAACAUUCUAACAUACUCAAAUCUCAACUUCCUGGGCAAAAUCAUUAAUAUGCUAAGUCUGUAUGAAUGAAAGUUCCAGGAAACCUCUAGAAAUUGGGGGAAACAAACUCAUUCAAGGAAAGCCACCAUAGUGCUGCAAGUUAUUUAUUCCAUAAAGUAUUGUAAAAAGAAUAUGACUUUUUCCUCCCCAGGAAGCCACAUAGCUGUGGAUAUUGGAGGUGCAAAGGAAUGAACCAAGGACCUCUCACAUGUGAAGUCCUAUGUGUUACCACUCUGUUAUAUUCCCUAGGCUGAAAAAAAUAGCCAUUUUUUUCCAAAUACCUAAAAUGUCUUAGUUGUUGUGAAAGCUUCAUGGCAUUUAUCUGUAAUUACCCCAUUUGUUAUAAUUCCUACAUUUGGGCAACAGAACUUUCCCUAACUCAGAAUUAAAGACGACCCUAAAUUAAGGCACUUUGGGGGAUGAGGACAGACUUAGAAACUGUUCCUAAAAGCUGCUUCCCAGUACAAAAUACAUAGUACAAAAACUAUUUCCAGACAAAAUUCAGUGCCAAAUUUUUUGGUGACUUAUAAGAUUAAAAAAAAAUUAGAAGCAGCUUUUUUCAGUUUUGUCAUUUAAAGUUGCUAACACAGUGGCAGUGUUAGGUGAAGAUGCUAUCUACAAGGUAGAUGAUAUGCUGUUUGAUACUCAAAACAUACUCGUUUUGUUUAAAGUAGGAAGUCCAUGAUUGUAUAUUUUAAUAAGAGUCUUUAGGAGGGGCUAGAAACUAGUUCUUACAGCUGAUAAAGUAAAGAUGUGACUGAUUUGUGUUUGAAAGCUCCAUUCGACUUUUCAGAAUGACAUUCUUUCUGACUACUUUGCUUCUAAGUUGGAUGAUACUGUGAUUCUAGUAAGAUUCACUGUGGACAAACGUAGGACAGGCUAUGUAUCACUGAAAUCUUAAGUUCUGAGAAUUAAUAACUUGUUUUCUAUUGUGCAAUAUCAAAAGGGAAAGUAUAUUCACUAUUUUUAGAGUUAUCUUUUGUAUAAAUAUUUAAAUAAACACAUUUGCCAGACAA